AUGCUUCGACGAGCAUUUCAUUCAACAUCGAAAAUCAUGGGCGUUACAAAGGAAGUUAUCAAGACUGGCGAUGGUGUCCAUUUCCCCAAAGUUGGUGACACUGUUACUAUGCACUACACUGGCACUUUUACCGAUGGUAAAAAGUUUGACAGCUCUGUUGAUCGUGGUCAACCAUUUGUGACCAAGAUUGGCGUUGGCCAGGUCAUCAAGGGCUGGGACGAGGGUGUUCCUCAAAUGUCUGUUGGCGAAAAGGCCAAGCUGAUUAUCACCUAUGAUUAUGCUUAUGGAGAGCGUGGCCAUCCCGGUGGUAUCCCUCCCAAGUCUGAUCUGAUCUUUGAAGUCGAGCUUAUCAAGAUCAAUUAA